AUGUUGUCGUCAGGUGACCACACUUCCCCCUUUACAACUUCCGGCUUGUUUCCAACAUUUUAUUCCAAUUUUAACUUCCCAAGCUAAUUAUUGAAAUAAAAAUGUCUGCAAAGCCGACUUGUUUGAUUGUGUUGAGCGCUUCUUCUCAGGGGGUGUCAGCAAAGUCUCUCCAUCAGUGCUUCAGUCUUUGCGCCUCCGUCUUUAACCUCCAGACUGCUACGCCUGCGGGGAAGCCUAUAGAAUUUUGUGGAGUUGAUGAAAGCACGUCGAGAUGGGUGCAGGACUUCAACAUAAAGCCCUACGCCACUCCUGCCAAACUUGAAUCUAUUGAUGGGGCCCGCUACCAGGCUCUGCUCAUCCCAGACUGCCCUGGAGCGCCCAAUGACCUGGCACAUAGCGGCUCUCUGCACCGUAUUCUGUCACACUUCAUCUCCCAGCAAAAGCCUGUGUGUGCAGUGGGACAGGGAGUGUCUGCACUCUGUUGUGCCACAGAGGGUCACAGGUGGAUCUUCAAUGGCUACAGUUUGACUGGGCCGUCAGUGUUUGAACUGGUGCGGCUGUCUGACUUUGCAAACCUGCCUCUGAUUGUGGAAGACUUUGUGAAAGACAGCGGUGGCUCAUACACAGCGAGCCAAGAAGAUGCCGUGCACGUUGUCACAGACAGACACCUGAUCACCGGACAGAACAUGCAGUCCACCUGGCUCGCUGUCAACAAUUUAAUUCUGCUCACUAGUGCGAAGUAAGCUAGUAGUUGUUUCACAAUUCCAUUCAUCUUGUACAAAGCUAAAGAUGUACUGCAUUUAGACACAACCACACAAGUGUAUUGUCAACCAUGAAAAAACAAAAGUACCUUUCUUUGCCAGAUUCAACAAAGUAAUUUCUUAGCACGUCAAACAUUACUUAAAUCACGUUAAUGGCUCAUUUUAGAGUUCAUGCCACUUCAAACCAAAUCAGUCCAUACAGCACUUGUCUUUGUAGUGCAAAAUGAUCAUGCACAAGUCCAUGUGCAAAUGAUUCAAAGUCCUCAUAGCAGGUCAUAGAAGUAGUCCAGGCCUUGUCCCAGUUCCCAUAGGGAGAUACCAGUACCCAGUUCCUUUGCCAGAGAAAUCCUCAGGUGCAGUGACUAGAGAAUGGAAGUAAAGAAACAUGUAUUUCCCCUCAUCACCAAUGAAUAAUAGGACAACUAGCCUUUUAAAUGUGUUGCCUAUAUGAUAAACUAUGAAUGAUUAAAACACAUUUUCAUAGUAAAAGAUGUACCUUCAAUGAUGGAUAGUAAACCACAUGCUUAACUCCAUUGCUCCUGAAAUGAAGAUAGGACAUAAUUGUAAUAAUCGCAUUGAAAGUAUGAUAGUGUCCAUCUUUACCUCUUGUAUGUGAAGUAAUGUUCAGCAGAAUAUUCAUCCCACAGGAGUUUUGGUCGGUGUUCACGUAAAAUGUCUAUAUACCUGCCCACACAUAGCCAAGUGUGAUGCUUUCAUCCACUAAUAUGUCAAGAAUAAAAAAAGGAAUCCAGCAAUUGUUGACUUACCUCCCCCCGAGGAUUGGUUCGGUCCCCUGAUUGACAAAGUCCAAGCCGUACAAGUUGAGUCCAAGCAGGAUCUUUGACCUCCACUUUGUGUUGGGUGCUAGCUGGAGGACACAGUCUUUGACCCAGGGUAGAGGGGCGCUCGGACCCGGCCUGGCAACAAACACCCAUAAUGCAUCAACAUUAACAGUCAGCAACAUCUUUCACUUUCUUCAAAAUAAACUCCAUUUGUUCUUUUCAACCUGGAUUAUGGAUGUGUGCUAUUAAACGCUCCAUAUAUAACGAACACGAAAAUAUACAAAUGAUGCAGUUGUACUAUUUACCUACAUGAAAGGGGCAAAAUGCAGUUUUUGCCCACUACAACUAUACUGUAAUAAACUGUUUAUUAUGCAAAAAAGUUAUAUAGUCAAAUGUUAUGAGAUUUGAACUAAAUGUGUCAAUGGCUGUAAUAUUAGCUUAAGCAUAAUUUAAAAUGUAAAAU